AUGGCUGCUGCACAGAAGAGCAUCCGUUGGCCUAACCCCACGCUGCCGGACAGCGUCUUCAAGAUGUUCGACAUGCACGGCAAGGUUGUUAUCAUUACUGGUGGCUCGGGUGGUAUCGGCUACCAAGUCGGUCGGGCGUUAGCUGAAGCUGGUGCUGAUGUUGCCCUCUGGUACAACAACUCCAGCGAAGCUGAAGAUCGGGCUGCGACAAUUGCCCAGGACUUCGGCGUGAAGUGCAAGGCGUACAAGUGCUCGGUCCAGAACUUUAAUGAGGUUGAGGCUGCUACCCAAGCUGUUGUCACAGACUUCGGACGUCUGGACGUGAUGAUCGCCAACGCUGGAAUCCCCUCCAAGGCAGGCGGUCUUGAUGACCGUCUUGAGGACUGGCACCGCGUGGUGGAUAUCGACUUCUCAGGUGCUUACUACUGCGCGCGUGUGGCUGGAGAGAUCUUCCGCAAGCAGGGCUCGGGCAACAUGAUCUUCACUGCGUCCAUGUCGGGUCAUGCCGCCAAUGUCCCUCAGCAGCAGGCCUGUUACAAUGCAUGCAAGGCUGGUGUUAUCCACCUGGCCAAGUCUUUGGCCGUCGAAUGGGCUGGUUUCGCUCGGGUAAACUCCGUCAGCCCUGGCUAUAUCGACACCCCUAUCAGUGGCGACUGCCCAUUCGAGAUGAAGGAGGAGUGGUACAGCCUGACCCCGUUGAAGCGUGAUGCCGAUCCCAGAGAGCUUAAAGGUGUCUACCUGUAUCUUGCCAGCGAUGCAAGCACCUAUACCACGGGUUCGGAUAUCGUUGUCGAUGGUGGCUACACUUGCCGGUAG